UGGGUCACCCUGGCAGUUGCGUGCCGUUGCAAAGAUUAUUAUCGGCUGAGCCUUGACCUCAGUACACACGACACACGUGUUGCAGACUUGGAGCGCCAGCUGAACAAAGCUUCGCGACGGAACGACGAGCGCUUGGUAUGCGAUCUGUACGUGGAGAUUGGCGACGAGAGGAGGCGUGUGGGCGAUCUGCCAGCGGCACUGAGUUAUUACAGAAGAGGCGCCGAAUUGGCCGAACGAUUGCAGCUGCACGAGAAUGCAUCGUUUGCACAUCGGGCAAUCGCCGAGAUUUUGGUCGAGCCAAGUAUCCAGGAAAAUGCGAAAGCGUUGCAGCACGGGAAGAAAUAUUUGGAAGCAGCGAACAAAUCAGGAAGUGUUCAUAUUAUACAGCUUGCAUACCACGUGCUGGGCUGGCUGCAUCUACAAAUAUCUCUCAAUUCGGACGUAAAAAAGGAAACGUUUCUUGAAAAGGGAAAGCAGUGGUGUGAACGAAGUCUUGCAUAUUUAUCGAAGCAUGCCGCAGACAUCGAUUGUGACAAUGCGUUCGUUAUUACGAGCUUUCUUCUUUUUUUUUCAGUUGGUUCUCCAUAA